AUGCCUGUUUUUAACUCAAAUGUGCAGACCUGGUUUUUACAACUGGACGCGAUAUUCCAGGCCAGACAUAUAACCUCACAACAAUCGAAAUUCGCGGCAGUGGUGGAGAAACUACCUGCAGAGGUAGCGGCUGAAGUAGCCGACAUAUUAUUAACCUCUUUACCCAUAGAAAAACCAUACGAAACUCUCAAACAAGCAAUACUACACAGAUCUGGUUUUUCAGAAGAAAGGAAGAUACGAAACCUUUUAAACGUUACGAUUGGAGAUGCGAGACCAUCUCAACUACUACGGCGAAUGCAACAACUGUUGGGUGAUAACGACAUAUCAACCACAGUAUUCCGCCAAAUGUGGCUAGAUAAACUAUCAGCAGACAUAGUACGAAUUUUAGCCGCUUUAGCAGACGACAUGGAUAUUCAAAAACUUGCAACAAUAGCAGAUAAAGUAGCCGACACUACACCGAUAAGACACAUUUCCGCAACGGAGACAGUGGAUGGCCUUGUGCCAGAUGUUAACCGACAGAUACAAAAAUUGUCUUCGGAACUGCAAGAAAUAUCUAUACAAUUACGUGAUUUACAGAAAUCACAUACAAGUCGACGUGAUAAUUCUACGAAACACAACAAACGGCUCGGCAUAAAUAUCAACAACGACGAGAUCGUUAUCAACACGCAAAUUGUUGGUACCAGAACUUUGGCGCGCGCGCGAAGAAAUGUAGACAACCUUGUUCAUAUAGGAAGUCAUUCCCGAGUAAUCAAGCGGGAAACGGACACACUGGCACCCAGUAGAGACGUUGGAUGCCAGACAUUUAAAGACUAA